GGCUAAACACCUCGUUAAGUCCCGCAAGCGAAACCUGUCCAAGCGGCCUGCGCCAGGGACGGGCUGCUGCUGGUCAUUAAGAUCGCACGCUUAAUUCGAAAAAUCGGCUGCCGAGCUGCACGAUCCUGGCAACCUGGAAACCGGUUACUCGUACCACAACCACGGCGAAUCCUUUUCUAAUGCCGGUCAAACGUGUCCCAAGAAAGUGAACCGGUCUUCUGUGGAUCAUCGAUGGUGCAAGCGGAGAACUUGGAUUAUCGCGCGUGCAAUACACUUGGUGUUGUUUCUCGAGGGUUGUUUCCUAAGGGAUGUUUAGCGCGAGUUUGCCGUUCGUACGAAAUUCGUGUUUGAUGGAGGGUAGAAUGUGGUCUUUGGUUACGUUCUUCUUGUGUUGUUCGUUAUUAUCGGUAUCGUUACGGAUUGCUGUUGCACGUGAAUUUAUGGAGAAUUUGAAGAGCAGAAAUAUUACAGAAUGCAUGUCACAUGAAGAUUAUUCGUACAAAUAUGAUUGUUUAUAAAUGCGAUAUGCGUAGUUAGAAAUACAUAAAUUCCACGCUGAUAGAAUUAAUGUUGCCUUUUACUUUAUAUACUUUACUUUUAUAUGAGAAAUUAUGGAUAUUUACGUAUGCUCGUAUCUAAAUAUUCAUAUUAAAAAUAUUUAUGAGCAUAACUAAUGGAACAUCACUUAAAUAAAAUAUGUAUUUCUUAUGCAUUGACGAACUCAAAUACGUAAAUUCUAUUGCGCAUUGAUCUGUACACAAGUACAUCUGAAAAUGCACCGCAGGUACGAGAUAUUUAGCUCAACGUACUUCAACAUCCAAAUUUUCCACGAUACUUUUCUUAAAUUCGCCUAGCUAUAAUUACGAAACCAUUAAUUUCCUAGGAAAUUCUCCAACAAAUAAACAAAGGACACGCUGCCAAGUGUACUCCUGUUCGCUACUAAUCUUUCACUAAAUAACUUACAACUUCUGCACGCAUUUUCGGAUCAGUUUCAAACUUGACCAAUGCAACCGAGUCGAUCGUAUCUCAUUGCGACAUCAAUGAAAUUCCGAAGAUAUUUCGUAUCAGGUGCACGAUACGAACAUAAAGCUUCGCUAUGAUGAAUAUCGAAAUAAUUUCGCGAGCCAGCGUACCUCGUGCCAAAUAUUCUACUCAGCUGGUAACGAAGCUCGACCAGCACGAAAGAGGACGCGUAGCGAUCACGCGACUAUUUCAAUUGUUCCACAUCGAGUAGAAUAGAAACUGGUCCAGCGCGGUGAGGCGCUCGAUCGGCUCUCGGCUCCGCCAAGUCGUGAUUCAGCGGCGCGGUCGGAAGCGGCGAGUGCCAGGAGUGGUGGCGACACGCGCGUACACGUGCUCCGCGUCGGUGGUAUUCCAGUGAAUCAACAAGUGUCGUGGCUCUAGCCGCGGCGAUGCACCGCGACAACGCGUCGCCCGGAUUCCGAUAAACCGGUCAAAGCGACCAGGCUGUCGUCCGCUUAGCUUCUCCGCGUCGCAAAAACUACCGUCCCAGAGAACUCGUUCCUUAUCGAAAAUUCGAUGUCGAGCGCCUGGCAUGCCGACAAGUGCCACGUACUACUACACCGUGUCUCACGAGACGCUGCUUUCCCAGCGUCGUAAGAUCCGCAGAUCGCUAGAUUAGAUGGGAAUGGGAAUGACGUAUCGCGAAGAUCGUUUAAUCAUUUAAUCGUCGAGAUUAAUGGGCAAAACUUUUUUUUUUUAAAUACAGAGAAAAAGAAGAGAAUCAAAGAGAGUCGUCGUAAAAUACGAAAAAUAAGGACACGCCCUGUGAGAUUAUUGGCUUGGCAACUAAGUGAUUGCGGAUUUUGUCAAUACUACGUAAUGAUGAAAUCCGCAAUCACCUAGUUGCUAGCCCAAUAAUAUGAGAUUAUACAAACGAGUCUGUCAACUUUUCUUUCCAUGUUGCAAUUACAUUGUUUUACUGUACGUUAUAUUGGGUUAUUAAGUAUGGGUCAUUAAGUAGUAUUGACAAAAUCCGCAAUCACUUAGUUGCCAGCCCAAUAGUAUAGGGACAGAAGAAGUUGAGAAAUGUGCAGGAAUUGUUAACAUUGAAAAAUACACGGUUUAAGAGGAAGAUGAAUUAAACGGAGAGUAGUAUCGUUCGCCAGCAUACGGAUACUUUGAUCGAUUUCCAGGAACCAUAUUUGAACUUGGUCAAAGUGUGGAAAAAUGUAUAGUUGGACCGCGAUUUUGUACGCGUUCAUGAGACGUUUAAUGAUACAAAAGCCACGAAAUAUCGUGCUAUGAGAGACAAAUCUCUGCUAAUAGAUCGUAUUUUUUCGUUCUAUAGAAAUAUGUAUUUGUAUGAAUAUUCACUGAGCAAUUUGGAUGUUAAAUUUUGGAAUACCUCGCAUACCAUUACAAACGUAACGCUAUUUUUAUUAGUUUUGGAAAUCGUUUAGGAAACAGUACAGAAAUGAAGGAAUCCGAAGGAGAAGAUUGUUGGUGAACCAACAAACUGUUAGUUUCACAGCUACAAGCGACGAUAUUAUUAUUGAACAUUGAUUUUUAAGAAUUAAUUUUAUUCAAAAUAUUCUCUUACACGUGAAUGGAAUUUACAUUAUAACUUGAGGAGUCAGUGGCUCUCGAGUUUCGUGCGUGAAACGUCUGGCUAUGUUUUUUGUACGGAUUGGAUCGUAACCUUUGGAAGGCUGGUCGUUAACCCUUUUCCUACGGUGCGCCUAGUCGAAACUGUUUUAAGAAGGCAUGUUAUUAACAUGUUAUCGUGCCUUACGGAUUCAACUGAAUUUAUGAUAUUUAAUAAAUCUUCGCGACUAAUUUAUAUCGCAGCUCUGAAAGAAAAAUAAGGCGAAACAAAAGCAAAAACGUUCACGUUUUUAGCAAACAUUUAACUUUUGCUAGUCUCUGUUGCGUUUCAGGUAUUAAUCAUCUGAAACAGAAAAAAUGAGGAUCGAAGAACAGCGUACAAUUUACAUUGCGAUAUGAAUUUAAUUAAAUCGGUCGUUUCUUUUAUCCUAAUUUGCAACGUCGAUAAUUGCAUAACAAUAUUUACUUUAUAUUUAAUUAUCAGCCAGUAAAAUCUAAGAAAGCCGUGUAAUUCUUCUCCGAAAUGGAAAAUCUGCCUGUCCAGGUAACCCACGGACGUCGCUUCCGUCACAGACUUCAUCCAACGAUAAUAAUUUAAUCAAAAUAAAAUUCAUCCACGAUAUUCAUUAAAAACAUCUUAUUUAAUCAAAGUAUCCUCAAAAUAAUAACAAUAAUAACGUAUCUUUAGCGGCCAUUCGCAUAAUACACGUAGCCAUAAACAGCGGCGAAGGACGUUAUACCGGUGUUCCGAAAGAGGCGAACGAUUACCGCGAGCCAACGUUGCACGAACGUGUAAAUUAAAAAAAGGCGAAUAUUUCUCGCGUUGCGACGGAAUAUUUCUUGCGAGCCAAGCUAUUUGACGAGUUAAUUACCACAUCGAGUGGCUGCCAAAGGAAAUGGAUUAUUCGUUGAGCGAUACACACCGAAGAUAUGACAAUUUUUAAUUAACCUGCGGCGAAAGCGUUUUCGUGAAAGUCGUAAAAAAAUUGCCCACAUUUUUCUUCUUUUCGUUCGAGUUACGUAUUUCUGCAUAUCGCCGACUAUUUAUUAAGAGGCCACCACCCCUUAUCGAUCGUGUUUGAAGCAAAAGUUAAGACUCGUCGACGUUCGUUUCGUGUAAUGAAUAAUCAAUCGAUCAACGCAUUUCCCAUGAUAACAGUCUGACGUUGAUUAACAAGUGUUUAAAGAAAAAUAGAACGAAGAGACGGAAACGUGCAAUAGCCUGUAACGUGUAUUUCCACCGAUACAUACAGCUGUAUGACUCUUACGUGACACGAGAAAACAGAGCACUAUCAAAAUCAGCAGAUGGGGAGGGAAAGUGUUUCGCGAGUUUCUUCAUGGCCAUAUGAAAUUCAGGAUAUUUUAUUCAUGAACGACGAUCUUAAAAAUAAACCGGCUAGCUGAAAAUUUAAAAUGCUGAAUGCUUGAUUGCGUUGUGCUUCGCGAAUAUUCAUUAUCGCGGUAUUUUUCAACGACUGUAAAUGUUUCGAAUAAAACGCGAUGCAACAGCACAGCUAAUAACAAAUCUUACAAAAUGUUUAUCAUCUUUCGUUACUUUUCAAUCGCAGAAUCUCAUCUAAAAAAUUUCGCCAAGAGCAAACUCGUCUCUUUCGACAAAUUUCUACCGAUAACUUCGGUAGAAAUAACUUCGGCUUUUCAUAUGCAAAACAAAUUUGUUACUAUUAUACAUUAAUCUGAUAGAAAUAUGUUAACGCAUAAAUGGAUUACUUCUAAGAAGGAUGUAAAAAUUCGUUGAAAUUUGAAACAGCUUUCUUAAACAGCCUAUCCCCUAUGAAUUAAUACGGAUCAAACGUUAAACGCCUCUCCCACGUGGGCUGAAAUUCUAUCCAAAAUCGCAUCCGCGAGCGUACUCGCGCUCGCGCGAUAGCAUCACCAACAGUAUCGUUCUCGGCGGCGACGAGGAGCACAGAGGCUCGAACAAAAGCGACGAACAAGAGAAGCGGCCAGAAAAAGCAAGAAAAAGCAAGAAGAAGAAGAAGAAGAAGAAGACGAGGCGAGCAGUAGCGGAAGAGAAGAGCGAGAGAAAGAGAGGCUGCGGGAGAAAGAGCGGGAAGAUCGGAGCGUAUCGCGCGGGUCGUCCUCGUGCUGGUCGCGCGUCAUGGCGUGUGCUCGCCGCUUCUUUUUUCCCCUGGUCUUGACUGCCCUGCGCCCCGUAUCGACGCGGGGGCCAGGGGUAAGAGUAGUAGGAGAGAAGCAGAAGCAACGACAGAGCGGCAGCACAUCGAAGAGAUGCCCAUUCUCCUCACCCCGAGCCAGAAUACGUGCAGGUGUGCACGAAAAGGUCCUCUCCCGCGCGCUCUCUGGCACCAACGAAGGGGCCCCCCUGCGCCACUCGACCGUGCACACUCAAACACACGCACGGAUAUACCGCGACACACGUGUACACUCACUGAAAUACAUAGACGCGCACACAGAGCGCCGAGAGACGCGUGGAGGGAACCUGUGCCGGGCCCAACAGGCCCCCGAUCUGUGGGAACUGUUCGGCCCGCGAGCUUCCCACGAUACGCUCCGGCUGCUGGCUGGCUGUGCACGGGCUGCAGGGUUCACUCGUGCGUCUCUCCCCCUUCCCGUUCCCUCUGUCCCCGUAGCCGACACCCUUCUCCCCGUCAAGAGCCCACGGAUUGCACGGAAGGGGCACUACGAUGGGACAGUUGGUGGGAGGGAUCGGUGGAGGGUAUAAGUAACCGAUCGGUCCCCACCAGGGACUCAGAACCGUUGUGAACACGGCAGUGUACGCUAUUCUCGGCACUCCGAGAGAACGCAUACACACACACAUACACACACACACGUCAUACAUAGUAUCUUGUAACGCAUAUUUUGUGUGCGUUAUCGCACUGUAUAUUUCUGUCAAUCUAUCAAUUGGAACGUUUCGCGUUCCUGUCGAAUUGUUUCUGAAGGGUGGGCUGGUUUGUGACAAGUGGCAAGUGAAGAAGAGACUCUUAUCGUUCUGAGAACCAUGGCACCGCAUACCAGCUACACACCGGUCGGCGGUAUGGAGUACGAGGAGCCAGUGUCGAGGACUUAUCAGUACAGGAAGGUGAUGAAGCCGAUGCUGGAGAGGAAGAGGCGGGCCAGGAUCAAUCGUUGUCUCGACGAGCUAAAGGAUCUCAUGGUGACCGCUCUGCAGGCCGAGGGCGAGAACGUGGCGAAGCUGGAGAAGGCUGACAUACUUGAACUCACUGUUCGUCACCUUCACACGCUCAGGGCUGCCAGAAGGCUCACUCUGACACCGGAGAACAGCUACGCGGACAGAUUCAGAGAAGGAUUCACCCAGUGCGCGCAGGAAGUGUCGUCGUUCCUGUCGACUCCCGUGGCAGCAGCCGUUCAUCCAGCCGCCGGUGCACAGUUAAUGAGACACCUUGGCGGAUGUCUGCGACGACUCGAAGGACCAGCAUCGACGAACACCGCCACCACCACGGUGACCGCUGUCAGUAAAACGACACCCGCUGUCAGUCCAGCUGCCAGCGUGAUGAUCAACGUGCCACAAAACGUUUACACGCCGCCACAAAGUCCUGUCAGCGUGGUGAGUUCUUCGGGCGAGUCCACGGAAUCUUCUAACGCUGUUUGGAGGCCGUGGUGAUGGAAAAAUCCGAGAGGACGAACUUUGAUCAUCGAAGAUCCUGAAUUAACAAUUCGAUUUGAUUUGUUCCUUCCUGGUGAAGAAACUCUGCCGAUUGUGGGGCAGAGGCGGCACAGCGAAUGGGAGGAAAAACGACGAAUCAUUUGUCUUCCAUAUAUCGAAAAUUGUUACACCUCGUUUAUGUCGAUCGAGGGCGUUUCCGAUUAAUAUUCGUAAUAUUAAUGUUGCUUUGUUAAAUAAUCGAAUAUCGUAUCCGGCACCGUUUUCGAGAAGCUCUUUUUCUCUCUAUUUCUUCUUUUUCUCUCAUCUCACUGUAUUGUAAAUAGGUGACGAAGCUUUAAGUGACACGUCUGUGAUAGGGUUCGAUUUUGUACCUGACAUAUAUACUAUAUUCUCGUAAAGUAGAAGGAUUAUUAUUAUUAUAGAUUUUAAUUUGUUAUGUUUAAGAGACAAGAUUUUCUUUAGACGUAACGAUGUCCAUACGGUGUUUUUGUUAAAACCGACUGCACGUCGUGCAGGAAUAAAUAAACACAUUGUUUCAAUCUUAA